CUGGGGCAGUCUUGCUUUGAACCGCGUCUUAGAAGCUACCCACCUGCUCUACGGAUCCAUUUUUUCUUUAUUUUCUUUUUUUUUUUUUUUUGAUUUUUUCUCUUGCUUCGAACAACAUAUUCCAUGAUCCGGUUUAACGUUGAUUUUAUUUUGAUUUUAUUCUGAUCUUAUUUUGAUUUUAUUAUUCUUAAGAGAGAGAGAUAGAGAGAGAGAGAGAGAGAGAGAGAGAAUAAAAUAAAAAAUAAAAAGAGAUCUACGUAGUGCAAGGAGAAGAUAUUUUUUGCUGCUGACAUUUCAGUUGAAGAUGUGGCGAACGUCCUACUGUACAUACCUACUGUUAGGUUUAUUAUACCUAACAACGUUGCAAAGUGCAACGGCGUGUACCUGCGCCAAAACGCAUCCUCAAACACAGUUUUGCAGGGCAGACUUUGUUGCAGUCGUAAAGAUAAAAUUGGCCGUUCCGAUUAACGACGAUAGGUUGGAAUAUAAAGUGAAGAUUAACAGAAUUUUCAAGUCAUCUCCAGAAGCAGAAGUUGCCUUGAGAAAGAACAUCCUUACCACGCCCGGUUACAGUUCACUUUGCGGUAUAAUUGAUUUAACUGAAGGAAAAACUUACGUCGUCAGUGGAAUUAUAAGUGAAGGAAGACCAAUAAUAUCUAUUUGCAAUCUUGCCAUUCCUUUAUCCGAAGUACCCGUCGGACAACGAAAAGGAUUUAGACUGCUUUAUCGUCAUGGAUGCGUUUGCGAGAUAUCCUACACGCCUUGGUGGCGAAAAGGUGCUGUAUUGGAAUCUACCGGUGGAAAACAUUGUCUAUGGGAAAGUUCACCAGGUCCACAGGAUUGUCAAGAAAAAUAUGGUGUAUGCAAAAAAGGACCUAAUGGUUGUUCCUGGACACCAUCCGUACCAUACAAAAAAUGCAUCAAGGAAUAUCAACGGAAACGCGAUCAGGAGAGAUUAAGGGAACCUUAACGAAAUGUUUAUUUUUCCUCUUAUCUUCCUUAUCUUUCCCCUCCCCACUCUCUCUCUCUCUCUCUCUCAUUUCUAAUCUUCUCUUUUCACUUUUACUCGCGCAAAAUAGAAAAAGAAUAGAAAAAAUAUAGUACGAAUGUUUGCCGAUAUUGGAAAUCGACAAAUCCACGCCGACAUACCGUAAUUCUUAAUUGACAUAGUGAUUGCACUUGGAUGGAAGUCAUUCGUUGAAAAUAGAAAACUUGAAUAGACUCGAUACCGUAGAAAAUACUAUCAACGAACCUGGAUCGAUAAACUAAGUGUAUUGAAAA